AACACCUGUCAUUUGCAAAAUUAUCAGUAAUGUAAUAGUAAAAGGCAAAAUGCGCGUGUGGAGCGACCAUGCCGUCGGAGUGAGAUGGUUGUUGGCUAUAAGAAGGACGAAACACUCACCCCAAAUCAGAAGCUUAUUGCUGGCGUAGUAUCUGGAGUCACCACCAGGUUCAUAACCCAACCCCUGGACGUCGUGAAGGUGCGCACGCAGCUGCAGGCCCAAGACAAGGGGUUGACAUGGCUCGGGCUCUCCUGGCGGAUCCUGAAGGAGGAGGGCCUGGCCACCUUCUGGCACGGACACAGUCUCGGACAGUUACACUCCAUCGUGUCUGUGGCAUCACAGUUCCACGCUUAUGAAAUAAGUACCAAGUUCGUGGAGAACUAUGCAAGCCAGUACACCAGUCCCCAGUUCAAGAAGGUGCUGCUGUUCAUGUGUGGCAUAUUCGCCGGGUGCGCAAGCGCAACACUUGUGUCGCCUAUUGAAGUGAUCCGCGUUCGGCAGAUGGUCGGCAAGGCUCAAUAUGGUGGAGUUAUCCAGGGCGCGCGCGAAGUGUACCGCGGAGGCGGUAUACUGGCCUUCUACGAGGGUCUGACCGCUUCCCUCAUGCAGAUGGGCCCACAAGUGGGCAUAACGUUCGCGGUGUUCCGGUACGUGCAGCCUCUCGUCAUGGACUACGUCGCCUAUUUGGAGGACGCUGGGCAGACGGAGGCUGAGAAAAAGGCGGCAGAGACAAAGCAGCUUCUCAUCUCAUCAAGUGUCGCCGGUUCGACUGCUGGCUUCGUGUCUAAAACGGCGACGUACCCGUUCGACCUGGCCAAGAGAAGACUUCAGAUAGCAAGCCACAAGCCAGACCCCAACGUGAAGACACCGACGAUGACACAAAAGCUGGUCAAAUGCCGCUCCCUGAUGAGCUGUCUAGUGGACAUGGUCCGCAAGGAGGGCGUCUCCGGCCUAUACGCCGGUUGGGACGUGUCCAACUACAGGGCGCAGGUGCAAAGCGUGGCCGCGUUCACGACUUACGAGGUGGUGUGCUACGCGCAGCGCGAGUACUACAAUCGCGCUGUCUAGUGUUGGUGAUCUCGUCUUUGGAGGAC